UUUUUACCAUCCCUAGUAACAGUAGUUGGAGGGAAACGCCUCCUCUCUUUGAAGGAUCUGCGUGUGUAGAAGAGGUAAUGGUGGCAGGCAGGACUAUAAUGCGUGGUUUGUUGGAGUUAGUUAAGACGGCGAUGUAGAUGGUUUUCUCGUAAGUAUCGAACCCAAAACAACAAUUUCAACAAUCCUCACCGGCAUUGCCUUCUUUCCUUUCUCAGAUUUCUCACUACUUCUCCUCGAUCCAAUCGUCACAUUUCCUCUACAAAUUCGUUUCUCACCAAUCCACGCAAAACCCAUAAAAUCUCUUCUAGUUUUCAGCUAUACAUUGCUAGCUUUGAAUUUGUGAAAGUUUGUUCCUUUCGAUGGCUUCAAUCUCGGUCCCUUGUCCCAAAAUCUCGUCGCUUGCUCCGGUCCAAGGUUCCCUUCAGGGACCGUGUCUCCCGCAAAACCAGAGGGUGUCAUUUCCACAGUCUUCGAAUCCGAGACCAUUCGGAUCUUCGUCCCAUAUUGGGUUUCAGUUACCCAAGGAGAAGCAACCUAGUGUCUGGAAAGCACAUGCUAGGCUCAAUAAGGUUGCUACUGAGGAGUCGUCUGAUUCUGCACAAGUGCUCGAUGCCAAGUCCAAAGCUGCAUCAUCAGAUGAGGAGGAUGGAAAAGUCAUUCCAGAUGCAGCGUCAAUUGUGGCAUUCAUGACCCAAGUAUCAGAUAUUGUCAAGCUUGUUGAUUCAAGAGACAUAGUGGAGCUACAACUAAAGCAGCAGGAUUGUGAGGUCAUAAUAAGGAAAAAGGAGGCACUGCAGCAGCCAGCACCUGCAGCCCCUGUUUUACCACCUAUGUUUUCCCAUACUAUGGUUUCAAGUCCCCCACCAGCAGCCCCAGUUGUUGCUCCUGCCGCUGCUCCUGCAAGUCCGCCUCCUUCGGCACCAGCGCCUGCCUUGCCUGCCCCUGCAAAGACCAGCACAUCAUCUCAUCCAUCAGUGAAAUGCCCCAUGGCUGGAACCUUCUAUAAGUGUCCUGCGCCUGGGGAACCACCAUUUGUCAAGGUAGGGGAUAAAGUGCAGAAGGGCCAGGUCAUUUGUAUAAUAGAGGCUAUGAAGCUGAUGAACGAAAUCGAAGCAGAUCGGUCUGGAACCAUAGUAGAGAUACUGGUGGAGGAUGGGAAACCAGUCAGUGUUGACACGCCUCUUGUUGUCAUUGCACCAUGAACGGCUGGGGGUGGCAAUAACUAACUUAGCAAGGGCCUUUCAACUCUGCUGUGCCACCAGUUUCUAAGAAUUCAUUUCCAAAACGUUUCCUAAAUCUAUUCUUGUUUCUACUGCCCUGUAAUUUUCAAAACCGAAUAAGGUUGAUACGCUUUUAAAAAAAAACCAAAGAGCCCACUUUAGAAACCUUUUGUUUCAUGCAUUGUAUUGGUAAUUUUGACUGCGUAGAAGAGAAUGAGACUUCGUAAUAUAGGAUAUGGGUGCAA